GCGUAAUCCAAAUGAUUGUUUUAAUCUUUUUUUUUCUUUAAGCUAUUUCCUGUGGUGUUCCACCCCUCCCUAAAAAUGGUGCAAUUGAUGGCUCCAGAUUUACAUUUGGUAGUAAAGUAACGUUCAGAUGUGAUGAAGGAUACGUUUUAGUGGGUGAAGCAGAAGCAACAUGUCUAGCAAACGGCAGAUGGAACCAUUCUUCCCCGUUUUGUGAAUUAGUACAAUGUCCCCUCCCAAAAGAAAUAAAGAAUGGAAAAUAUAUCAUGAAUGGUGUGAUGUACCUUUCUAAUGUAUCUUACACAUGUGAUGUGGGAUACAGUCUACAAGGACCAUCUGUGCUUGUAUGUGAAGCUUUAGGUAACUGGAGCAGUUCACCUCCUGAUUGUGAGAUCAUUUCUUGUGGCCUUCCUCCAGUAAUCAAAGAUGCUGUUAUUACUGGAAACAACUUUACCUUUGGGAAUACUGUCACUUACACGUGUAAGGAAGGCUACACAUUACUCGGCCCUGACACUGUGUCAUGUUUGUCCAACGGCAAGUGGAACCUCAGUCAACAACAGUGUGUGGCAGUGUCAUGCGAUGAACCGCCUCCCGUGGAACAUGCUUCUCCAGAGAGUGGUCAUCGAUUAUUUGGUGAUAUAGCCAUCUACUAUUGCUCGGAUGGGUACAGUCUGGCUGGCAAUUCCCAGUUACUUUGUAAUGCCCAGGGCAAAUGGAUGCCCCCUGAAAACCAAGAUAUUCCUGAAUGCAUAGCUGACUUCUGUGAGAGACCAGAGUCUGUAUCAUACAGCAUCUUGGAAUCUUCAAAUAAGGCCAGAUUUGCAGCUGGGUCAGUUGUGAGCUUCAAGUGUACGGAAGGUUUCGUUUUAAACACAUCUGCUAAAAUAGAAUGUAUCCGAGGUGGUCAGUGGAACCCGUCUCCCUUGGCCAUCCAGUGCAUCCCUGUUCGUUGCGGAGAACCAGCGAGCAUUGCAAAUGGGUAUUCCAUUGGCACCAAUUACAGUUUUGGAGCCAUUGUGGCUUAUAGCUGUAUUAGAGGCUACUAUAUUAAAGGAGAGAAGAAGAGAACGUGUGAAGCAACAGGAACGUGGAGUGGUACUAUGCCAACUUGUCAUCCAGUGUCCUGUGGUGAGCCACUAAAACUUGCAAAUGGAAUAAUUAAGAAUAUGACAGGACGAUUCUUUGGAAGUGAAGUGACAUACCAAUGUAAUGAAGGUUACCAGUUGACUGGAAGUUCAAGAUUACUUUGCCAGUCAAACCGUCAGUGGUACAGUGAAGUACAACCUUCUUGCGUGAUCCUCAAUUGUCGAGAACCACCUACCUUCCAGCAUGGAUUCAGCAAGGGAAAAAAAUUUGAAGUGGGAACCAAAGUCAGUUUUUUUUGUGAUGAAGGCUAUGAAUUGAUUGGAGAUAUUUCUUGGACCUGUCAGAAAUCUGGAAUGUGGAACAAAAAACAAAGCCCCCAAUGUAUCCCAACCAAGUGUCCAGAGCCACCAUUAACUGAGAAUCAACUUGUCUUGAAAGAGAUGGCUGACCAAGUAGGGAUAGUGCAGUUGUCAUGCAGAGAAGGCUUUAUUUUGUAUGGGGCUUCCAUCCUAAGAUGUUUGUCAUCCCAACGGUGGAAUGACACUUUUCCUGUCUGCAAAAUGGUACUCUGUCAUAGGCCUCCUUAUAUUCCUUUUGGGGACUCCGUGGUGUCUUCUCUGCAUUUUGGUAGCAAGGUGAGCUAUACAUGUAUGGAUGGAUUUUUGCUCAAGGGAACGUCUACCAUUAUUUGCCAAGCAGAUGGUACAUGGAGUUCUCCGCUUCCAGAAUGCAUUCCUGUGGAGUGCCCGCAGCCAGAGGAAAUUCAGAAUGGUAUUGUAGAUGUACAAGGCCUUACCUAUCUCAGCACAGCACUAUAUAGCUGUAAACCAGGUUUUGAAUUAAUGGGAAACACAACAAUUCUUUGUGGAGAAGAUGGACGUUGGCUUGGAGGAGAGCCUUCUUGCAAACCCAUUGAAUGUUCCAAACCCAGAGAGAUUAAGAAUGGUCGGUAUUCAUAUGUUGAUCUACACUACAGACAGACAAUUACCUAUUCAUGUGACAGAGGAUUCCGGCUUGAGGGGCAGAGAGUUCUAACGUGCUUGGAAACAAGGGAGUGGAAUACAGGGGCUCCAUCUUGUAGACCAAUUAAUUGUGAUCCUCCUCAACCUAUUGAUAAUGGGUUUGUAGAAGGUGCAGAUUACAGCUAUGGUGCCAUGGUUAUAUACAGCUGUAUUCCAGGAUUCCAGCUUUCUGGUCUUGCGAUGCAAGUCUGUGAGGAAUCAGGAUGGUCUAGUGUUAGUCCAGUGUGUCUACCAACUGAUUGUGGCCUUCCUCCCCAUAUAGACUUUGGGGGAUAUGUAACAAUCCGCAGUGAAGAAAAGCAUUUUGGCCAAGAAGAUGUAUUCGAAGAGAGCUUACUUAUGGCUAGCCAGUCUUAUUUAUCUCCAAAAGAAACACAACAUUCCUCAAAAGUCAUUAAUAGCUUGCCACUAUCCAGCUAUUUAUAUGGCACUGCAGUGUUGUAUAGUUGCUAUUCAGGGUAUGAACUCUUAGGAAAUUCCGUGCUAGCGUGCCAAGAAGAUGGAAUGUGGAAUGGUAGUGCUCCUGCCUGUGUUUCCAUUCAAUGUGAAUUACCACUGUUCCCAGACAAUGGCUUUGUACAUUUUACAGAGAACACUGUUGGUAGUACAGUGAAAUAUUCUUGUAAGCCAGGGUAUAAGUUGAUUGGAUCCAAUACAAGACACUGUACGUCUAGGAGACAGUGGAGUGAUUCAGCACCAACCUGCAAGAUAAUAUCAUGUGCAGUGCCUAGCAGACCCAUGAAUGGCAUAAUAAAAGGAGAAUCUUACACCUAUGGUAGUGUGGUCCAAUAUGAUUGUGAUCAUGGGUUUCAGCUAAAUGGCUUACAUAAGAGAACCUGCCAGUCUGAUCAAAAAUGGGAUGGAAAUGAGCCACUAUGCAUUCCCACUUCCUGUGGCCAAGCUCCCUAUUUAGAGAACGGUGAAGUGAGUGGAGAAGAAUACACAUACCAAAACUAUAUUGAAUACAGCUGCAAAGAAGGUUUUCUGUUGGAAGGGGACCAGAAGAGUGUUUGUCUUGCAGAUGGAAACUGGAGCGGGAACACUCCAGUGUGUAGGCCAGUUCAGUGUUCUGAACCAGUGAAACUUGUUCAUGGCCAGAUAAUUGGAUCAGAAUUUGGCGUUGGAAAGAGAAUUAAGUAUUUCUGUGAUGAAGGAUAUAUAUUGCAUGGCACACUCCUUCGUACCUGCCAGGCUAAUGGAACAUGGGAUAAAGAACCUCCAUUCUGUGAACCCGUUGACUGUGGGCCUCCUGAGGACAUCUCUCAUGGUUUCCUGAAUGGUUCUGUCUUUAGUUUUGGGGAAUAUGUAGAGUAUGUUUGCUUCCCUGGUUAUGAGUUGCAAGGUAACCCAGUGAGGCAAUGUCAGUCAAAUGGUUUAUGGAGUGGAAGACCCUCUUCUUGUCUGCUUUGUGAGUGCCCUAUACCCACCAUUCAGAAUGGGAUAAUUAUAGGUAACCAUUUUGGCUGUGGCAAGAAGAUAGAAUUUCAAUGUCUAGAAGGUUUCAAACUGCUAGGACCUUCAGAAAUCACAUGUGAAGCUAUUGGCAGAUGGAGUUCUGGCUUUCCGCAUUGUGGGCUCAUUUCCUGUGGCCCUCCACCUGUGAUUCCCAAUGCUUUUAUCAAUGGAGGCAGUUCAGUGGAUCAAAACACCAUAAUUUAUAAUUGUGAAAUGGGUUAUGUGAUGCAAGGAAGCUCGGAAUUGACUUGUACAGAAACGGGAGUCUGGAGUAGGCCAUACCCAAAUUGCACUUUACUGACUUGUGGACCACCACCUACUGUGCCUCAUGCGGUUGCUUUUGGAGAAUCAGAAGACUAUGGAAGUAAAGUUCAAUACAGAUGUCUGGAGGGCUAUGUGGUAGAGACAGAAGUGGAUAUAUGUACCUGUCAGGAAGAUGGGCACUGGUUCCCUAACACUAUUUCCUGUUGUCCCAGAAAAUGUCCCAUGCCACCCAAUGUAACCAAUAUUAUUAUUUCUGAUACUGAAUUUACUGUGAAUAAAAGCAUUACCUUAUCAUGUCCAGAAGGCUAUUUUUUGAUGGGUACCAGCACCUCCACUUGCCAGCAUAAUGGGACCUGGCUACCAUUAUUUUCAAAUGAGAUCUGCGCUCCAGUCUCCUGUGGAAAACCUGAAACUCCAAAAUAUGGGAUUGUGAUUGGCAACCAAUACAAUUACAAAGAUACUGUUCUUUAUAAAUGCAACUUGGGUUAUGAAUUAGAGGGUGAUGCAGAACAUACCUGUCAAGGAGAUAAAUUAUGGAGUGGAGUAACACCAGUAUGUAAAAAAAUAUCCUGUGGUUCCCCCGAACCAAUAGAUAAUGGAUCUGUUGUUGGCAAAGACUUCUUACUUGGAGAUGAAGUUUUCUACAGUUGUAAUCGGGGAUAUGAGUUACAGGGGCCAACUCGAAGGAUCUGUCAUGUUAACAAGAAGUGGACGCCAUUCGCUCCGACAUGUGUGAGCAUAAGAUGUGAAGCCCCUCCAACAGUAGCAAAUGCCUUUUCCAUAGCCACAGACAAUAUGUACAGAAGUAAUAUAUCUUUUGUAUGCAAUUUCGGGUAUCACUUACAUGGACCUGAGGACAUCACCUGCUUGGCCAAUGGAUCCUGGAGUCAACCCCUUCCAACAUGUGAAGAAACCAGAUGUGAAGAUCCAGAAUUGAUUGAGAAUGGAAAUGUCGUCUCUGAAAAUAAUACAGUUGGUAGCAGAACUGCAUAUUACUGCAAUAGGGAUUAUAGUUUGGAAGGUGAACCUAUUGCAGAAUGCACAGAAGCCGGAGCAUGGAGCCACCCAACACCCUUAUGCAAACCAAAUCCGUGCCCUGUACCUAUUAUAAUCCCAGAAAAUGCCAUCCUCUCAGAAACAACGUUUUAUGUUGGGCAAAAGGUAUAUAUCAAAUGCAGAGACGGCUAUCGACUUCAGGGACAAUCUGUGAUUAGUUGUAAUCCUGAUGAGGUCUGGACUUCAACUAGAUCUAAGUGUGAGAGGAUCUCCUGUGGGCCACCUGCUCAUGUAGAACAUGCUUUGAUACGUGGAACAUUUUAUCAAUAUGGAGAUAUGGUGACCUAUUCAUGCUACAGUGGAUACAUGCUAGAGGGCUCCCUUCGAAGUGUCUGUUUAGAGAACGGAACCUGGACAGGACCACCAGCUUGCAAAGCUGUUUGCCGGUUCCCAUGUCAGAAUGGUGGUGUUUGUGAGAGGCCAAAUGUUUGUUCCUGUCUUGAGGGUUGGAUGGGACGCCUCUGUGAAGAGCCCAUCUGCAUCCUGCAUUGUCUGAAUGGAGGUCAAUGCGUGGCUCCUUAUCAAUGUGAUUGCCCAACUGGAUGGACUGGCUCACGCUGCCAUCAGGCUGUUUGUCACUCUCCAUGCUUAAAUGGUGGGAAAUGUAUACGACCAAACCGAUGCCAUUGUACUUCACCAUGGACUGGACACGACUGCUCUAGGAAACGGAAAUCUGGAUUCCACCACUUUUAAUUUAAGAGCAAAAGCUAUGAAGAGUCUGAUUCCAGUCCAAUGGACUUUGGUACUACAGUCACUGUAAAAUCAAAUAUAGUGGAUUUUUUAAAAAAAAACUUUUGAAUUUAUUAUUAUUAUUAUUAUAUUUUUCUUAACCAUUUAAUUUUGAAUGGAAGCAUCUUUAUGUUUUUUUUCUCUUGCAGAAAGAUACAUGCUAAAAUGUUGCUGCUGUCAAACACACAAAUGUACAAAUUUUGUUCACUGAAAGAAAAAAACUUUACAGUCUUUCAUAUUAUGGGUGCAAAACUCUAGUCUAAGUUGUGUUCCAUCGCCAAAAAAGAUGCUUGCAUUGGGGAUGAAACUUAAUUUGAUUCAUAUUUCCUUUUCCCCUGCCACCUCAUGUAAGUGAUGUAACAUAAGUGAAAAUGUAAGUGAAUACAUUAGACUAAGAACUAUGAUCAAAUCUUCUUCUACUUGGUCUCUUCUCUGUUAUUGGAUCCACUAUGGAAAGUAGUUCAGAAAUAGAGAGAGGAAAGGUAAGACAUGGAAAAGGGGAAAAUUCAGUCUCUCCAUCCUGAUCUUUUUAUAUGCUAACAUACCCGAUACCUUUAUAAGUAAAUGAGAUGAAUAAUAAAUGAUUACCCUGUUAGAUCUGGUUUUGGUCUAAGAUACCUCCUGCAAACCAUUUGUCUAUUUCAUUAUAGUAGUUGCAAGAUGGACAAUAUUUAGUUACUGUUGUUUGAUGGAACAAAUUGGAAUCUGAAGCUUACAGCAGGGAUCCCCAACCUGUGGGCCCUGGCCCACUAUCGGGCCCCGGCUGCUUGGCCACCGGGCCGUGUGAAGGGAUGGCCAGUGUACCCACACUUGCGUUAGCACCUCCCCGAGCAUCCCACUCAUUACUAGCACCACCCCGCCCCAAGCCCCGCCCCAAGCAUCCCGCCAGUUCCAAUGCCGCCCCAACCCCAAGCGUCCCACCAGCGCUAGUGCUGCCCCGAGCAUCCCACUGGUGCUUACAGCAUUCCAAAUGGUUUGAACUUGGUAAAUAAGAAUAUUCUAUUUUCAAAAUAAAUAUAUGAAGGCCAACAACCCCACCACUCAUGCUAAGAAAAUACUUCAGAUAUGUUUCCAUGUCAUGGAAAACUGUUGCUUAAAGGAGAGCUGCCAAUACGGAAUUAUUUCAGAUUUGAUAGAAAUAAUAAUAAAUUAGAGGCACAAUCCAUGUUUUCUUCUAUGUAGGCCAGUGAGUGGACUAUCUGAAGGAAAAAGAAUGGGGAAGGGAGGAGAUAUGUCAGUAGAGACUCAGCUGUCUAUAAAAUUGUGUUUCUGGCUGCUAAAAUCAAGUUUACUGGUAAAGUACUUGUUAUUUUAUCAUGGAUACAUAUUUAAAAUAUAUGUGGAUUUGGUGAAUGAUUAUCACUUACCAGUCAUAGACAGACAAGGAGACCUGAACUCUUUGGUAGCAGAAGGAAACAACAGCCAAUUGCUAGCCAGCAAUCGGCCAAUAGGAAGGCACCACAUAAGCACAUCUCACAGAACAGACCAAAGCAUGUAUUCCAGUAGAAAGAAGUUCCCUGAUGAUGGGUUCCAGCAUGAGUCUGAAAGCUCGGAAGAGUAAAUCUCUGGUCCUGGUGACCGAUUCAGAUUCAACUUUGCAUCAUUAUCCUAGGACACAUAUAUUUGCCUUCGUUUGUGAUUACCACUUAGUUCAAAAUAAGUAAAACGGUAGUUGUCUUUCCCAUGAAAAAAAAAGUGAAAAUCAGAUUUUGUAAUAUUAUUUGCCAGAAUGCAACAUUUGUCAAAACAGGACAAAUAGCUUCCAAUUUCCACUGAAAUUAAUAAGUAGUAGUUCUUUACCCUGGAUUUAAAAUAUAAGAAGUUUUUAAAAUAACAUUCCUCAACAUACUUAUUUCUCAGGAAAAGAACUGCUGAGACCCAACUGAAAAGACAGCAUGGUAUUCUAGAGUAAUACAAAAAGGCUGUGGUUAAGUACUGUAAUAAUUAUAUCCAGAGAUAUCCACCAGAAUAAUUUACUUGCUGAUAAAGUGAAAAGUAGGAAGGAGAACUAAUGUGUUUUGUCCUCUUAAGUAAAUCCCUUACUUUCCUUACUGCAUUACCUUCCUGUAAGACAGUACAUUCAUAUUACAAUGGAUGCAUCUAUAUUAGCCCUUUUUUCAUAAAUGGAACCUUAUAUUUUCAGAGCAAUACUCUUUAUCUUUCCCUGUUCAAUUAUAACUAUUUUAUUUUGGGCUUCAGAUCAGGUUGAAAGUUACUCUUUCCAUAAGCAAAAACUAAAGGGUGGACAUAACAUUAAAUGUGUGUCUGGGAAUAGCAUGACUAAUUUUUGGGGAGGAAGGUUUCCUAAUAGGUUUGAUAAUGACAGUGUCUGAAAUAAUAGGUUUGAAAAAAGAAUGUCUUUUUCCUCUCUUUUUUUUUCUCCCCUUGUAUUGCAUUAUUUGCUUUCGUGCACUUACUCAUUUAUUUUUAUUCAGCAUAGAGGUCUCUUGCUGAUAGACACAAGACACUCCGAAUUUGCAAUCCAUCUCUUAAGGGUUGCAUCAACAUAAUUUUUUCUUCACAACAGCGUGGAGGUGGUUUGCAAUUGCCUUUGGGGAUUUUGUUAGAGACUUGACAUUUUUAGAUGUUCUCCUAUCCAAGUACUAGCCAUGCCCAACUCUGCUUGGCUUAAAAACCCAGAGUAUAACAACUAGCUACUACAGUACACAAUGUAAAAAAUAAAUAUGAACAUUUUAAAGCAAAGAUAACUAGCCUCCAGUGAAAGACAUAUGUCAAAUGCUGUGGGGGUUUUGUGGUUUGAACGAUAGGGAAAUAGAAACAGCAGUUUGCACAUAACUGAGUUUUGGGGAGCCACAAUUCAUACUUAAAUUGUUCAGAUUGCACAUUUUUCUAUUAUUUUACAAAUUUACAAACUGAAACAUCUGCAGAUCUUUACAGAUAAAGAAAACGGGAUUAAUUCAUAUCUGUAGUAUACCAUAUAUAUUUAUAAAUACUAUCCCACCCCAGUAUAAUUUGUUUUGUGGAGUGGGGCUAGCCCAAUGUGUAGAUUCAACACUGUAAUUCCACUUCCAAAUUUCUUGGGGAAGCUGCAUUACAGUAUAGAAAUGAAUAAUUGUAGCUUGUAUGGUGACGCUAUUUAUCCGUUUUUUUCCUUUCUUGGGCAUGCUUGCAUAUGUUUAUAAUUUUACAUUCAAGUUCUUGCAAAGGAUUUUUAGUCAUUUAGAAGGAAUAAGCAGACCUAACUUUUUUUUCUCCUAAGCAUUUUCCAAAUUAAAAGGAAAGGGGAAAUUGAAAUGAUAGUUUUAACCAGAAAGCAAAACCUCUGAGAGACUGCAAUUUGCUUGUUAGCAAAGCAGCAGUUAGUAAAUAAACCCAUCAAUAUUUUUUCUUAUAAGAAAUUGGGAUGUUUUUUUUCCACUCAUUCUAAGGGCAUCUAUUACUAAAACUGAAAUACAUUUUAUCUUAUUCAAGCUUUAUUCAAGCUCUUCCAGAAAAUAUAGCAAUAACAUUUUCAGUAGCUAGAUUACCUUCCUAAUGAGCUUUAAGAGGUUUCCAAUUCUACAUUACUUUGUAAUAAAUGCAGUCCAUUCUAGGAAAUCCAUUUCACCAGGCCUACUCCCAGGGGGCCAGAUCCUGAGUUAACUAUGUAUAAGAUUUCAGCUAUAAGACAAUCUUCAUAAAAUGGGGAAAGAGCUCUAAAAUAAAUUAAUCAUUACUGUGGUAUCUUUUUCUUUGCAAGAUUCCUUCUUUUCCUACUUAUUCAUACACAAGUGUGUAUGAGUGGCUGUACUUUGAGCCAAAAUAUUUCUGUCUGGCAAAUGAUAGAAGAUAAUGUACAAUAAUGAAACCAUAUUGCUUAUUUUCAGUACUAGCAGUUCACACAUUUUUCAGUUUAUUUGGAUUAAUAUAGAAGGUGCAAAAUCUGACCUAAAAAGAUCCACCAGAUGUAGCUCUGCUGGCAGGAAGUGUGAUGCCUGAAAGGAAAAAGCCGGAGAGUCAAAAUUAGGUUGUUAUUCUUAUUACAUCCGUAGAAGAAUCAUCACUGCUUUUUUAAAUUACGGUUUAAACACAUAAAAUAUAUUGUAAUUUAUGUUAUCACUUGUCUUGUGUUUCAACAAUUUCUAUGUGAUGCACUUUACAUUGUAAAUAAAGUUGCACCCCGUUUAGUACCUGUAA